GAAAAUCCCAAGUCCAGGCCAUUAAUCAGAGCGCGCUACGUCCGACGCCAUUCCACACACUUCCCCACCGCCUGCCUGCUCUGCUCUGCUUCCUCCUCCCUCCCCCGCCCCCGCCCCAAAACCCUAGCCGCCGCAACCUGUUCCUUCUCCUCCGGUGUUCACUUCCUCGUCGCCCGCGUGAUACGCGCGCAGGAGAGCAUCCCCCGGGAGCGCGGCCCGCCGCUGUCCCCGGCGUGCCGGCAUGGAGGAGAGGCCAUAGAUCGCCGGCAGGCGCCUCCGCCGCCGCCGGACGCGGCGGCGGAGCAGGCUGGGGGCUCCCAGGAGCUGCAGCUCCCGGCGGACAUCGACUGGGAGCGGCUCGACAAGUCGCGCUUCUUCUUCCUCGGCGCGGGGCUCUUCUCCGCCGUCUCGACCGCGCUGUACCCCGCCGUCGUCCUCAAGACGCGCCUGCAGGUCGCGCCGGAGCCUCCCCCGGCGCACGCCGCGACGGGGGCGCGGCCGGGGCUCCCGCCCUCCGCCGCCGCCGCGGCCACCACCAUCCUGCGCCGGGAGGGCCCCCUCGCCUUCUACCGUGGCUUCGCCACCUCCCUCGCCGGGACCGUCCCCGCGCGCGCGCUCUACAUGGGCGCGCUCGAGGCCACGCGCUCCGUCGUCGGCCCGGCCGCGCUCGGCCUCGGCGCGCCUGAGCCCGCUGCGUCCGCGGCCGCGGGCGCCGCUGCCGGGCUCACCGCCGCCGUUGCCGCGCAGGUUGUGUGGACGCCCGUCGAUGUCAUCAGCCAGCGCCUCAUGGUGCAGGGCAACCCGUGCCCGGCCUCCCGCUACCACGGCGGCCUCGACGCAUUCCGCAAGAUCGUGGCCUCCGACGGUCUCUGCGGCCUGUACCGCGGCUUCGGCAUGUCCAUCCUAACCUACGCCCCCUCCAAUGCCGUGUGGUGGGCGACUUACUCACUGUCACAGAAGAUAAUCUGGAGCGGGAUUGGCUGCUACCUCUGCGAGUACGGUGUGGGUGUGCAAGAAAUCGACGACGGCGACGGUGACAUCUCGUUGCAGCCAAGCUGCAAGACACUCAUGGUGGUGCAGGGAACGAGUGCCGCGAUAGCCGGUGGCGCCGCGGCCCUUGUGACCAUGCCGCUGGACACCAUCAAGACCAGGAUGCAGGUCAUGGACGGCCAAGGCGAGCCAAUCACCAUUGGGCGGACGGUGCGGGAGCUGAUCAAGGAAGGCGGGUGGGGCGCGUGUUACAGGGGGCUCGGCCCGAGGUGGGCGUCCAUGUCCUUGUCUGCCACUACCAUGAUCACCACGUAUGAGUUCCUCAAGCGCCUCUCGGCGAAGAAGGGGCAGGAGAGUGGCGUCCCAUGACUUCUGAUGGCAAGUUAUAUAGAUAAUGCAAAUUAGGUUCCUUCCCUUGGUUUGUUUCGUUCCUUUCCACAGCUUAUCUGAUCUUUCAGGUGUUGAAAAGAAAAUGGUGAUCAAGUGUUUGUAGAUAGUGUCUUCGUUUGUAACUCCAAAUCAAUCAACGAAAUCCACUUUAUUUCUGGUACUUCGCUUCUGCUGCUUAAUCACGUUUUAGCUUGUGAGUCUUCACAAGUACUCCAUUCACUUGCUUGGAACCAAACAUGGCUAUGAUAUCACAACUCCAGCAUGCACCGAGCAGGAAUCUGAAUACUUCAAGUGACAGAGAGACUGGAGUACACUGUAGCGUACACUGACCAUUCCACACAUGGUCACGAGCGACAGGCUUAUAUGGACAGGUACGCUGUACAGGUGCUCUCAUAACUGGGCACUGCUGCAGUAACCUGAUAUAGAAGGGUCCUAGGAAAAUGGAAGAUCUGUUUACCCUUUUUGUCAGUUUUUCCCUUUCAAAUUUCUCUUGUCUUUUUUCAUUGCAAAAAUAGGAGGCCUAAGAGUCUUCUCUUGGAAUAAACAAGUACUAGAUGAUGUUCCAACUACCUGCACCACUUUGGUUACAAAUGACAUGCAAAUGUCAUAUGUUGAUAAUGGUUAACCACUCUUGUAUAUGACGUCUAAACGGUGUCUUUUAUCUGAUGUUUAUGCUAUCAUUUUCUUGUAGUGGCCGGAAUUAGGGUAGCUUUCUUUCCAUUGCUCUGUUUCUUUUCUAGUGUCAAUUGUCUUUGGUACUUCUUUUAUUUAUACCUCUGGCUCUUGGUUUGCUCAAGUGUAAAUAUCACUGUUAAUUAUAUUCCUGUCC